AUGGAUUUGCUCACGAAGAACAGAGGGAUCCAGCUGGACUUCACCGUCACCGGGAAUCUGAUGGAAUGCUUGACGGACGCUGGAGUAAAAGGAACGAAUGAGCUGCACGAUGAGAGGGUCGGCGACGAGAAUAUGUUUCCGUACACCUUCAGUCUGCAGGAAGGACGUCUUGUCGAUUUGCUAGAUAAAGGACCUAAGACAGGUGCUCCCAUUGGGUGUUCGGUAGAAUGUAAGAGUGAAGGAGCAAAAGGCCGUUAUGGACAAUGCCUGCUAUCGACCGAGUUCGCUGUUGCUUUUGGACGAAGGGGAGACAAGAUGCUCUACAACAUGCACAUCCUUGGUGAGCCGAGAAUCUGGUACUGCGCUUCUGCAACAAAAAUGCCCGAAAGCACCGCGUCUAUCACAGUCAACUUCGAUCAAAAGUUCAAAGGAUGGCAGGUUCCGUCUAAGCACGGUUGCGGAAGCCAGAGCGCAUUGGACUACGACAGGAUAGCUCAAUCUAACAUCUACUGCACCAAUCCUGAUGUUCUUCGCAAGGCUGAGGAGUGGGAGAUCAAGGACGAGGCGCAUAAGGACGAGUUCAAAUAUCUCUUCACGCUGAACGUUCUGCCACUGAAGGUUGUGCCCGCCCAUAGUGUCAAGAUGCAAGCGCUCGACCCCGGCAAAAGGAUUGAUGGGAACAAAUUUCCAAAGUGCGAGCUGUCCCUCAGACUGUGGUAA